CGCCGAGCGCCGGGCCGGGGCGGCGGCCGCGGAGCCACCAUGGCGGCGGAGGAGCCGGUGCCCGCCCCGAGCCGCCGGUGCCACCGCCGUCGUCCUCCUCCUCCUCCGCUGCUGCUGCCGCUGCUGCUGCUCCCUUUGUUCCCCCCCGGGCUGGGGGCCGCCGCUCCGCCGGCCAGCGGGGGCUGCCCCGCCGCAGAGCCGUGCUGGGCUCCGCCGGCGCCUCGCUGCCCGCCCCGCGCCGCCGCGCCGCGCCCGUCCCCAUCCCCAUCCCUGUCCCCAUCCCCAUUCCCAUUCCCGGGGCGGCGGGGCCGGCGCGCAGCCCCCAACCGGCACCCGCUGUUCCCGCAGUACAACUACCAGGCGGAGGUGGCGGAGAACCAGCCGGCGGGCACGGCGGUGGUGGCGGUGGCCGCGCAGGACCCCGACGGCGGCGAGGCGGGGCGGCUCGUGUACUCCAUGGACGCGCUGAUGAACAGCCGGUCCCGGGAGCUCUUCAGCAUCGACCCGCGGGCCGGGCUCAUCACCACCACGCAGGCUCUGGACCGCGAGAGCAUGGAGCUCCACUACUUCCGCGUGACGGCCGCCGACCACGGCGCACCCCGGCUCUCGGCCACCACCAUGGUGGCCAUCGCCGUGGCCGACCGCAACGACCACGACCCCGUCUUCGAGCAGGGCGAGUACCGGGAGACCAUCCGGGAGAACGUGGAGGAGGGGUACCCCAUCCUGCAGCUGCGGGCCACCGACGUCGACUCCCCGCCCAAUGCCAACAUCCGCUACCGCUUCGUCAAUGAGCAGGCGGCACACGCCGUCUUCGAGAUCGACCCGCGCUCCGGGCUCAUCACCACCAGCGGGCCCGUGGACAGGGAGAAGAUGGAGCGGUAUUCCUUGGUGGUGGAGGCCAAUGACCAGGGCAGGGAGCCAGGGCCCCGCUCCGCCACAGUCAAGGUCUACAUCACGGUGCUUGACGAGAACGACAACACGCCUCAGUUCAGCGAGAAGCGCUACAUCGUGCAGGUGAGGGAGGACGUACGGCCCCACACCGAGAUCCUGCGCGUCACCGCCACCGACCUGGACAAGGACAACAACGCGCUGGUCCACUACAACAUCAUCAGCGGGAACAGCCGGGGCCAGUUCUCCAUUGACAGCAUCACUGGGGAGAUCCAGGUGGUGGCCCCGCUGGAUUUUGAGGUGGAGCGUGAAUACGCCCUGAGGAUCCGGGCGCAGGACGCGGGGCGCCCUCCCCUCUCCAACAACACCGGCAUGGCCAGCAUCCAGGUGGUGGACAUCAACGACCAUGCCCCUAUUUUUGUCAGCACGCCUUUCCAGAUCUCCGUCCUGGAGAACGCUCCCCUCGGCCACUCCGUCAUCCACAUCCAGGCAGUGGACGCGGACUACGGCGAGAACUCGCGCCUUGAGUACAAGCUGACGGGGGUCUCGGCUGACACACCGUUUGUGGUGAACAGUGCCACGGGGUGGAUCACGGUCAGCGGGCCCUUGGACCGCGAGUCGGUCGAGCACUACUUUUUUGGGGUAGAGGCUCGGGACCACGGCUCCCCGUCUUUAUCCGCCUCCGCCAGCGUCACCAUUACCGUCAUGGAUGUCAAUGAUAACCGCCCCGAGUUCACCCAGAAGGAGUACUUCAUCCGCCUGAAUGAAGAUGCAGCCGUGGGGACCAGCGUCCUCAGCGUCACAGCAGUCGACCGGGACGUGAACAGUGCCAUCACCUACCAGAUCACGGGAGGCAACACGCGGAACCGCUUCUCCAUCAGCACGCAGGGCGGGACAGGGCUCAUCACGCUGUCUCUGCCGCUGGACUACAAGCAGGAGAGGCGCUACGUGCUCACCGUGACGGCCUCUGAUCGCACCCUGCGUGACAACUGCCAUGUUCACAUCAACAUCACCGAUGCCAACACGCACCGGCCGGUGUUCCAGAGCGCCCACUACUCUGUGAGCAUCAACGAGGACCGGCCCGUGGGCAGCACCGUGGUGGUGAUCAGCGCCACGGAUGAUGACGUGGGGGAAAACGCCCGCAUCACUUACUAUCUGGAAGACAACGUCCCUCAGUUCCGCAUUGAUCCGGACUCUGGGGCCAUCACUCUCCAGGCAGAACUGGACUAUGAGGACCAGGUCACGUACACGUUGGCUAUCACUGCCAAGGACAACGGGAUCCCCCAGAAAGCAGACACCACCUAUGUUGAAAUCAUGGUGAACGAUGUAAAUGACAAUGCUCCCCAGUUUGUGAGCCCUCACUACCAGGGCAUGAUCUCCGAGGACGCGCCUCCCUUCACCAGCGUGCUCCAGAUCUCUGCCACGGACCGGGAUGCCCACACCAACGGGCGAGUGCAGUACACCUUCCAGAACGGGGAGGAUGGGGAUGGAGACUUCACCAUCGAGCCCACCUCGGGCAUCAUUCGCACCGUCCGCAGGCUGGACCGCGAGAACGUUCCUGUCUACGAGCUGACAGCGUACGCGGUGGACAGGGGCAUCCCUCCUCAGCGCACUCCUGUCCACAUCCAGGUCACCAUUCAGGAUGUGAAUGACAAUGCCCCUGUCUUCCCUGCUGAAGAGUUUGAGGUCUUGGUAAAGGAGAACAGCAUUGUAGGGUCUGUCGUGGCUCAAAUCACAGCCGUUGACCCGGAUGAGGGACCCAAUGCCCAGAUCAUGUACCAAAUCGUGGAAGGCAACAUCCCAGAGAUAUUCCAGAUGGACAUCUUUUCUGGGGAGCUCACAGCCUUGAUAGACCUGGAUUAUGAGACAAAACCUGAGUACGUGAUUGUAGUGCAGGCCACCUCUGCCCCUCUGGUCAGCAGAGCCACGGUCCACAUCAAACUCAUUGACCAGAAUGACAACAGCCCCGUUCUCAAGAACUUCCAGAUCCUGUUCAAUAACUACGUGUCCAAUAAGUCCAACACCUUCCCCUCGGGGGUCAUAGGGAAGGUCCCAGCUUAUGACCCGGAUGCAUCUGACCACCUCUUCUACACCUUUGAGCGGGGAAAUGAACUGCACUUGUUGAUUGUCAAUCAGUCGAGCGGGGAGCUGAGGCUGAGCCGUCAGCUGGACAACAACCGGCCGCUCGUGGCCUCCAUGCUGGUCACUGUCACAGAUGGGAUCCACAGCGUGACGGCCCAGUGCGUCCUGCGGGUGAUCAUCAUCACGGAGGACAUGCUGGCCAACAGCAUCACGGUGCGGCUGGAGAACAUGUGGCAGGAGCGCUUCCUCUCCCCGCUGCUGGCCACCUUCCUGGAAGGGGUGGCCACCGUGCUUGCGACGCCCAAAGAGGACAUCUUCAUCUUCAACAUCCAGAACGACACGGACGUGGGAGGCACGGUGCUCAACGUCAGCUUCUCGGCGCUGGCGCCGCGGGGCGGGCGCUACCUCAGCUCGGAGGAGCUGCAGGAGCAGCUGUACAUGAAGCGCAUGGCGCUGACGGGCGCCUCCAUGCUGGACGUGCUGCCCUUCGACGACAACGUCUGCCUGCGGGAGCCCUGCCAGAACUACAUGAAGUGCAUCUCCGUCCUCAAGUUCGACAGCUCGGCCCCCUUCAUCGCCUCCCCAUCCACCCUGUUCCGGCCCAUCCACCCCAUCGCCGGCCUGCGCUGCCGCUGCCCGCAGGGCUUCACCGGGGACUACUGCGAGACCGAGAUCAACCUCUGCUACUCCAACCCCUGCCGCAACGGUGGGAGCUGCACCCGCAAGGAGGGGGGAUACACGUGUGUCUGCCGCCAGCACUUCAUGGGUGACAACUGUGAAGUGGACAGUCGCUCCGGGCGCUGCGCUCCCGGCGUGUGCCGCAACGGCGGCACCUGCACCAACGGCGCCGAUGGCGGCUUCCGCUGCCAGUGCCCGGCGGGCGGCUUCGAGAGCCCCUUCUGCGAGGUGUCUGCGCGCUCCUUCCCACCGCGCUCCUUCGUCAUGUUCCGGGGCCUGCGCCAGCGCUUCCACCUCACCCUCGCGCUCUCGUUCAGCACCGUGGAGCCCAGCGGCCUCCUGCUCUACAACGGGCGCCUGAACGAGCGGCACGACUUCCUGGCGGUGGAGAUCAUCCAGGGGCAGGUCCAGCUCAAGUACUCCACAGGGGAGUCCAGCACGGUGGUGAGCCCCUACGUGCCAGGAGGUGUGAGUGAUGGGCAGUGGCACACGCUGCAGCUCCGUUACUACAACAAGCCCAAGGUCAGCGCCCUGGGGGUGGUGCAGGGCCCCUCCAAGGACAAGGUGGCCAUCGUGACAGUGGACGAGUGCGACGCCUCCGUGGCCCUGCAGUUCGGCAGCGAGAUUGGGAACUACUCCUGUGCUGCAGAGGGGGUGCAGACCAGCUCCAAGAAGUCCCUGGACCUCACGGGUCCCUUGCUCCUUGGAGGGGUCCCCAACCUGCCAGAAAACUUCCCUGUCACUCACCGGGACUUUGUGGGAUGCAUGAGAGACCUGUACAUCGACAGCAAACGCAUCGACCUGGCCUCCUACAUUGCCAACAACGGCACUGCUGCAGGCUGCCAUGCCAAGCACACCUUCUGCGACUCCAGCCCCUGCAAGAACGGUGGCACCUGCUCUGUCAGCUGGGGAACCUUCUCCUGCCUCUGCCCCGUGGGCUUCGGGGGCAAAGAUUGUCGCUACCCCAUGCACCAUGCCCACUACUUCCAUGGCAACAGUGUCCUGACCUGGGACUUCAAGACGGAUGUGAAGAUCUCGGUGCCAUGGUACCUGGGGCUGGCGUUUCGGACGCGCCAGCUGGAUGGGGUCCUUCUGCAGGCCCACGCUGGCCAGUACACCACACUGCUCUGCCAGCUGGCUGGAGGGCUGCUCUCUUUCGUGGUGAGCAGGGGCUCCGGGCGCAGCACCAGCCUCCUCCUGGACCAGCAGCAGCUCAGUGAUGGGCGAUGGCACGACCUGCAGCUGGAGCUGCGAGACGUCCGCAGCGGGCGAGACCUGCGCUAUGUUAUCACCCUCACCCUCGACUUCGGGCUCUACCAGGACACGGUGGUGGUUGGAAAUGAGCUGCAUGGCCUGAAGGUGAAACAUCUGCAUGUGGGGGGAGUCCUGGGCUCUGGCGAGGUGCAGAAUGGGCUGAGGGGCUGCAUACAGGGUGUGCGACUGGGUGACAGUGUCACCGGGACGGUGCUGCCCAAGCCCAGCCAUGCCCUGCGGGUGGAGGCUGGCUGCAGCGUGCCGAGCCCCUGCGACUCCAGCCCCUGCCCAGCCAACAGCAUCUGCAAGGAUGAGUGGCAGAGCUACUCCUGCGUCUGCCAGCCAGGGUACUACGGGUUGGACUGUGUGGAUGUGUGUCACCUCAACCCCUGCAAGAACAAGUCCGUGUGUCGCCGCAAGCCAGGCUCACCCCUGGGCUACGUGUGCGAGUGCGGAGAGAACUUCUUUGGGCAGUACUGUGAGCACAGGAUGGACCAGCAGUGUCCGAAGGGCUGGUGGGGGAACCCCACGUGCGGGCCCUGUAACUGUGAUGUGAACAAGGGCUUUGACCCCGACUGCAAUAAAACCAACGGGCAGUGCCACUGCAAGGAUUUCCACUACCGGCCCAAAGGCAGCGAUACCUGCCUGCCCUGCGACUGCUACCCCGUGGGCUCCACCUCACGCUCCUGCGACAGGGAGUCGGGCCGGUGCCACUGCCGGCCCGGGGUCAUCGGCCGCCAGUGCAAUGGCUGCGACAGCCCCUUCGCCGAGGUGACACCCAGUGGGUGUGAGGUGCUCUAUGACGGCUGCCCCAAAAGCCUCAAGGCGGGUGUGUGGUGGCCCCAGACCAAGUUUGGCUUCUCGGCUGCAGUGCUGUGUCCCAAAGGCUCCUUGGGCUUGAGGGGUGCAGGUGCAGCCGUCAGACACUGUGAUGAGGAGAAGGGCUGGCUGGAGCCAGAUCUCUUCAACUGCACAUCACCUGCCUUCAAGGAGCUCUCCAUGCUGCUGGAGGGUUUGGAGAGGAACAAGACUGAGCUCAACACAAUUGAAGCCAAGAAGCUGGCCCACCGGCUCCGGGCUGUGACUGACCACAUGGACCAUUACUUUGGGAAUGAUGUGCACAUCACCUUCCGCCUGCUGUCCCGCCUCAUGGCCUUUGAGAGCCAGCAGCGUGGCUUCGGCCUCACAGCCACACAGGAUGCCCACUUCAACGAGAACCUGCUGCGCGCCGGCAGCGCGGUGCUGGCGCUGGAGAACCGGGAGCACUGGGCCAUGCUGCCGCACAGCGAGCACGGCAGCGCCAGCCUCAUGGAGCAGCUGCGGGACUACUCGGGCACGCUGGCCAGCAACAUGAAGCUCACCUACCUCAACCCUGUCGGCGUCGUCACCCCCAACAUCAUGCUGAGCAUCGACCGCAUGGAGAACCGCUCCCACGUGCGCCGGCGCUACCCUCGCUACCACAGCAGCCUCUUCCGGGGCCAGCCCGCCUGGGACCCCCACACGCACGUCGUGCUGCCGCUGUCGGUGCUCAGCCCCCCGAAAGCCGAAGCUGCCCCCACAGCAGUGCCCACGGUGGCUGGGGGUGAAGGGAACUACACAGUGGAGAGCUCCUCCCCAGGGCAGGCGCUGCCGGAGCCCGAGCCUGCUCUCACCGUCAUCAUCCUCAUCAUGUACCGCACGCUGGGGGGGCUGCUGCCUGCGCGCUACCAGGUGGAUCGCCGCAGUGUCAGGCUCCCCAAGAAUCCUGUGAUGAACUCCCCCAUCGUGAGCGUGUCCGUGUUCAGCAAUCACACCUUCCUGCGGGGGCCCCUGGACACCCCUCUCGUGCUGGAGUUUCACCUGCUGGAGACGGCCAACAGGAGCAAACCUCUCUGUGUCCAGUGGAACCACUCCAACCCGACCAACCCCUCUGGCUUCUGGACAGCCAGGGACUGCGAGCUCGUGUACCGAAACACCACACACGUGCACUGCCAGUGCUCCCAGUUUGGCACCUUUGGGGUUCUGAUGGACAGCUCACACAGAGAGCAACUGGAAGGUGACCUGGAGACAUUGGCAAUUGUCACCUAUUCCUUGGUGUCUCUCUCCUUGGUGGCUCUGUUGCUGACCUUCUCCUUCCUGGCCUGCCUCAAAGGCCUCAAGUCCAACACACGUGGCAUCCACUCCAACAUCUCAGUCACCCUCUUCUUCUCUGAGCUGCUCUUUCUCCUGGGCAUCAACCGCACUGAGAACCAGUUUCUUUGCACUGUGAUUGCCAUCCUCCUCCACUGCUUCUUCCUCUCCACUUUCGCCUGGCUCUUCGUCCAGGGCCUCCACAUCUACCGCAUGCAGACGGAAGCUCGCAACGUCAACUUCGGGGCCAUGCGCUUCUACUACGCCAUCGGCUGGGGGGUGCCCGCCAUCAUCACCGGGCUGGCUGUUGGCCUGGAUCCCGAGGGCUACGGGAACCCUGACUUCUGCUGGAUUUCCGUUCAUGAUAAGCUGGUCUGGAGCUUUGCAGGCCCCAUUACUGUCGUCAUUGUGAUGAAUGGGGUCAUGUUCCUGCUUGUGGCCAAGAUGUCCUGUUCCCCUGGCCAAAAGGAGACCAAGAAGAAGUCGGUUCUCAUGACGUUACGGAGCUCCUUUGUUCUGCUUCUAGUUAUUAGCACUACCUGGCUCUUUGGCCUCUUGGCUGUCAACAACAGUGUCCUGGCUUUCCACUACCUCUACACUGUCCUCUGCAGCCUCCAGGGGCUGGCCGUGCUGGUCCUGUUCUGCGUGCUGAACGAGGAGGUGCGGGAGGCCUGGAAGCUGGCGUGCCUCAGCAAGAAGGGGCACAGCGAGGAGGCCACGAGGAGCACGCAGGGCCCCAGUGCCUACAACAACACAGCGCUGUUCGAGGAGAGCGGGCUCAUCCGCAUCACCCUGGGGGCCUCCACCAUCUCCUCGGUGAGCAGCGUGCGCUCGGCCCGCACCCACUCCAGCCAGCGCGCAUACCUCAGAGACAAUGUGACGGCCCGGCAGGGCUCUGCUCUGGAUCACAGCUUGUUGGCUCACGCCGGCCCCACAGACAUUGAUGUGGCCAUGUUCCACCGCGAUGCUGGGGGAGACCAGGACUCGGACUCGGACAGUGACCUGUCCCUGGACGAGGAGCGCAGCCUCUCCAUCCCGUCCUCAGAGAGCGAGGAGAACGUGCGCCUGCGGGGCCGCUUCCAGCGCGGGGCAAAGCGCACAGCACACAGCGAGCGGCUCCUCACUCACCCCGCCAACACCGCGCCCAAAGGCAGGUCCCGGGGCUCCGGUGGGAAGGGCUGAGCUCAGGCUUUGGGGCCUGGCUGUGUCCUGUGGUGCCUUCGAGUGCUGCUCACACGUUCUCUUCCUCUUCCCCUUCUGCUGUGUCCUUCGCCAGAUGUGGACGGCAACGAGCUCACAUCGUACUGGCCAGCUCUGGGGGAGUGCGAGGUGCAUCCUUGCUCCCUGCAGAAGUGGGGCUCUGAGCGGAAGCUGGGAUUUGACAUCAACAAGGAUGCAGCCAACAAUAAUCAGCCAGACCUGGCCUUGACCAGCGGGGAUGAAAACUCCCUCACCCAGACCCAACGGCAAAGGAAAGGGAUUUUGAAGAACCGGCUCCAGUGCCCUCCUCCUCUGCAAGGGCUGCCCUCCGUCGGCAGGAUGACCAACGAGCUGACGUGGUACAAGACCUCCACGCUGGGCCACAGGGCUGUCCCCGCCGCCUCCUAUGGCAGGAUCUACUCGGGGGCGGGCAGCCUGUCGCAGCCAGCCAGCCGGUACUCAUCCCGGGAGCAGCUUGACAUGCUCAUGAGGAGACAGAUGUCCCGGGAGCAGCUGAGCAGGCACAACUCAGGAGAGUGCCUGGAAGCCGUGCCCAGCCGCCGUGGCUCCAGGGAGGAGCUGGACACCAUCCCCAGCAGGCACGGCUCUUCUGAGCACCUGGAGAGCGUCCUGAGCAGACACGGGUCCAGGGAGACCUUGGAUCUGCUCGCUGCUAGGCCCAGCCAGCGCGACCGUGGGAGCACGCUGCCCCGGAGGCAGGGCUCCAGAGACCACCUGGACACCUUCCCAUGCAGAUUUGGGUCACGGGAGCAGCUAGACUGUGGGCUGGUCAGAGAGGUGUCUAGAGAGUGGCUAAACACAUUGCCAAGCAGGCAGGUGUCCAGAGACAGAAUAGACACGUUGCCAAGUCGAGAUCCUUCUAGAGAACACUUGGAUUUGCUUUCUAGAAGACAGCUUUCAAGGGACCAGCUAGUAUCGGCUAGACAAAGUUCAAGGGAGCAGCUGGACUUUCUGUCCAGAAGAUGUAAUUCCAGAGAGCCUCUGGACACAGUGCCUAGCAGGCAUCCCUCGCAGGACAACCUGGGGAGUCUGCCUCGGAGGCAGCUCUCUAGGGACAGCCUAGAGCCGCUGGCCAGGAGGCAGCCUUCUCGAGAGCCCCUGGAGGCCGUGCCCAGCUGACACCCUUCCACGGAACAGUUAGAUAUCCUUUCCUCCAUCCUUGCUUCCUUUAACUCCUCCGUCCUGUCCUCGGUGCAAUCUGCCAGCGCGCCUUCGUGCCCGCAGACCACCGCCUCUGCCAUGCAGACCUCGACGCCCUCCGCACUGUGCCCCUCGACGCCUCGCUCCACCACCUCCCACAGCAUUUCCGAGCUGUCACCAGACUCAGAGAUCACGAGGAGCGAGGGGCAUUCCUGAGGGCCGGAGCUGAGCAUGGGAGAGAUGGAAGCCGCAGGGCCCUUUGCCUGGCGCUGCCAGCUGAGGUUUGGUGUCCCACGGGCAGGGGCCAGAACUGGUGGUGCUCAGAGGCCCCAGCCCAGCCCUGCCUGUCCCUGCCCGAGGAGGCCGGGAGCUCCCCACUCUCACCUGCCUGGGGUGAUGGGUACAGUGUGAGGGUGCUGGGUGAGGGUGGCAUCUCCAGCCCAUGCCAGACCCUGUAUGUUGGGGGGUGCAGGGGCAGCCCGGGACGUGGGUUGGGGGAGGGUUUUCUACCUUUUUGUAUCUUUGUAAUCAGAGAGAAGAGAAAUUUCUAUGGUUA